AGCAGAAAAGAGUGUAUGACACUGUGGGGAAGGGAGCUCCACCCCCCGCCCCCACCCCCGCCCUUGACUGAAGCUGUCUCUGUGUUUGGGGCUUAUGGGGUUCCCACAGGUCUCCUGGCAGGGCUGAGGGAUACCGAGGCCCAGCAGACAACCUUACGGCCACUUGUGGGUCGUGUUUUUGUGCAUCCUUUGGAACAUGCCACCUUUCUGCGCCUUCCGGAGCACAUUGAGGUGCCACCCACUGUCCGGCUCACCUACCACGCCCACCUCCAGGGACAUCCAGAUCUGCCCCGGUGGCUGCGCUACACGCAACGCAGCCCCUAUAACCCUGGCUUCCUCUACGGUACUCCCACUCCAGAAGAUCGUGGGCGCCAAGUUAUCGAGGUCACAGCCUACAACCGGGAUAGCUUUGACACCACUAGACAGCAGCUGAUGAUGAUGAUUGAGGACCCGGAAGGUCCCCACUUGCCAUACCAAGCUGAGUUCUUGGUGCGCAGCCAUGACGUGGAGGAGGUACUGCCCUCCACACUUGCCAACCGAUUCCUCACGGCCUUGGGGGGCCUCUGGGAGCCAGGGGAACGCCAGCUGCUUAACAUCACUUCUGCCUUGGACCGUGGAGGCCGUGUCCCUCUGCCCAUUGAGGGACGGAAGGAAGGGGUAUACAUUAAGGUGGGCUCCGCCACACCCUUCUCCACCUGCCUGAAGAUGGUGGCAUCACCUGACAGCUAUGCCCGUUGUGCCCGGGGACAGCCUCCAUUACUGUCCUGCUACGACACCUUGGCACCCCACUUCCGUGUUGACUGGUGCAAUGUGUCUCUGGUGGACAAGUCGGUGCCAGAGCCCCUGGAUGAGGUGCCUACUUCAGGCGAUGGGGUCCUGGAACACGACCCGUUCUUCUGCCCACCCACUGAGGCCACAGGCCGAGACUUCCUGGCAGAUGCCCUGGUCACCCUCUUGGUGCCCCUCCUGGUGGCUUUGCUGCUCACCCUGCUGCUGGCUUACAUCAUGUGCUGUCGGCGUGAAGGACGGCUGAAGAGAGACAUGGCUACCUCUGACAUCCAGAUGUUUCACCAUUCUACCAUCCAUGAGAAUACAGAAGAGCUUCGGCAGAUGGCAGGCAGCCGUGAGGUGCCCCGGCCUCUUUCUACCUUGCCCAUGUUCAACGUGCGUACUGGAGAGCGGUUGCCUCCCCGAGUAGACAGCGCACAGAUGCCCCUCAUCCUGGACCAGCACUGAGAGCCCUGCAAGUUCCAGCUUCAGCUAUACCACUCAGAGCUGCCCACCCAUGACCAUGUCCACCGCGGAUCCCAGUUCCUAGCCUUCUUGGACCUCCGGCUCCAAACAGGAAGACCGGAUGGAAUAGGGAGGGGUGAGAGUGCUUGGAGUCAGGACCCAAGAAUAAACAGAUACCUGCUGCUCUGCUCCUCCAUUGCUUCUAGUGCCUUCUUCUCAAUGACUGUCCCUG